AUGGGAUUUUCUUUGAAUAGUGGAGCUGUGAGCUGUGUCUCAAUUCAUCUUGGAGAAAUCCAACCUGGUGGUUUGAGGGGAAAUCACAGGCACCAUACUUGUAAUGAAACAUUUGUCAUAUGGGGUGCUGAAACCAAGUUUAGGCUGGAGAACCACCAGGUGGAUGGUAAUGGUUAUGCUGAAGUGACCAUUGGUGCAGAUGAGGUUGCUGUUGCAAGUAGCCCUAGCGGAACUGCCCAUGCUUUAAUAAAUAUAGAUCCACAUGUGAUUGGCAGUGCUGGGGCAUUGCAAGAUUACAAAUAG